AUGUUUUAUGCAAGUGCUUUACCGUUUAAUUUUGCAAAAUCUCCCUACUUUAGCCAGCAUUCCCGAGCCUUGGCCAAUAGCAAUUUGGCAGGUUACACUCCUCCUUCAUAUAACAGGCUACGUACUACAUUGCUUGCCCAAGAAAAGGAGCAUAUUAACAGGAAACUUCAACCCAUAAAAGACUCUUGGAGGGAAAAGGGAGCAUCGAUUGUGUCCGAUGGAUGGUCAGAUAGGCAAAAAAGACCUCUUAUAAAUAUUAUGGCUGCUUCUGCUAAAGGAGUAAUGUUUAUUCAAGCAAUUGAUGCUACUGGAAAUAUAAAAUAUUGUGAUUAUGAUGCAACGUUGUUUAUAAAUGCAAUCAAGGAAAUUGGAGAAGAAAAUGUCGUUCAAAUUGUCACAGAUAAUGCAAUCAAUUGCAAAGCUGCUGAAUUAAGCAUCGAGUCUAGGUAUCCUCAUAUCUUUUGGACUCCUUGUGUGGUACAUAGUUUGAAUUUGCCUUUAAAAAGUAUUUGUGAUCCUUCUGAAAAAUCACCUCAAUAUGCAAAUAGUAAAUGGAUUGCUGAUUUACUGAGUGAUGUACAAACUAUUUGGAAUUUUAUUGUUAAUCAUGGUAUGGCACUAGCAAUAUACAAUAAAUACUCUAAGUUGAGUUUGUUGAGAGUGGCUGACACAAGAUUUGCAUCAAGUAUUGUAAUGACUAAACGCUUGAGAGAAGUUAGGUCGGCAUUAGAAAAAAUGGUGAUGGAUUCAGACUGGAAAGUUUAUAGGGAUGCAAACAUUGACAAUAAAGCACAAGAAGUGAAAAAAUGCGUUAUGACUGAUUCUUGGUGGAAUGAUUUGGAUUAUUUGUUGUCCUUUACUGAUCCUAUUAUUAAUAUGUUACGAGUUGCUGAUUUAGAUUCUCCAGUUUUGCAUUCAAUAUAUAUUAUGUGGGACACAAUGAUUGAAAAUGUGAAAAAAAUAAUAUUUCAGCAUGAAGGGAUAGAUAUGGUUGGUGGUAAUUCAAUCUUUUUUGAUACUAUUCUCCAAAUUUUGGAGAGUAGAUGGAACAAGAGCAAUAUUCCCCUACAUUGUAUGGCACAUUCUUUAGUUCCUAAAUAUUAUUGUGAAGCUUGUGAUCCUAAUUGUGCCUAUAUGACCAACAAGUGCUGUGCUUCCAUUAGGUAG